AUGCUUGCGGCAAAAGAAAACUUUUAUGAGGGAACUGCGUAUAGAAGCUCAGAAAGUUGCACAAAUGGCAGUAGUUUAAUAGAAAGUUUGAGCGGUUCUACUGAUUAUGAAUCUGUCCUUGCUGGUCAUCGCCAUUAUCCCAGUGAGCCAACCCAAUGGUCAUUUCCAGAUUCCGAAAUCAGUGACCCCGUAUACGUCCGCGACAGUAGUGUUUCAUCAGUACUCCCUCCACUUCCAAGGGUCGAUUCUGAGUCCAAUUUAAAUCCUGAUGCACGUAUCGAAGAACAUUUCAUAGGUGUUCGAACAAGUGAAGAGGCCGCUGCUGCCGUGAAACCGGACGAUUUUGCGCUCUACUACAAGAAUGAGUCUUGCAAAGAAGUACGUCCAUCAAUUCCUCUCUAUCUCGUCCACAGAAUUUGGAAAAACCUGAAAUUACAAGCGCAUCUUACGAAAAUUCCGAGACCAGAUAUGAUGACUGGUUGCAGGCUUGCGUGUUCUAACAUGUUCUUACUUGUUUGGAAGAUAACAGUUGGGUCAAAACGACAUGAAACACGGACUGUUGCGCAAGCGGCCGCAUUCGGAAGCGGUGCGGUGGAGACAGCGGUUGGAAUCGAGGUGGGACCACGACGAACAGCAGAGGUGUUUCAUUUCCCUGUACGACGAUUAGAUGAAGACAAUGGUUCACAAUGGUGGCACGUAGAAAUUGGCAGCAACAAAUUGCAAUCAUUCCGGCAACUGUCCGACCUUGUACGUUGCUAUCACCUGUAUCGGUUCACUGACGCUCGAAGCGGCCGUAUGGAGGUGUUCCCUUUGUGGAAGGGAGGUGUUGUAGACGAUUUCGAGUAG